AUGGACCCUGUGAUCCCGCCGGACCCCGGCUCCAGGACCAGGACCAGGAUGGACCCCAGAAUCUCAGCGUGCAGGCGAACAAUCGGUGUGAUCCUGCUACUAACGGGCACGCUGGUUUCCAUGGUGACCUCAACCUCACCUGCUGCAGGUGUGUUGGACUUCAACAGGACGGCAGAGCCUUCGUUACCUCGUUCAACACCAUCGCUCUCCUCCCCUCCCAGACCCCCCGCCCCCAGCCCGCCCUCAGAUUCGGGUUACCAUGGUGACAUCGGCGGCACAGGCUCCCUAGAGGACUCGGACUCUGGCGCUCAGGGGAUACACCUCCUCCUGAGACCCCCGGACCUCCUGUCCCCCAGCCUUCCCCCGCCUCUCCCCCCUCAUGCCCAGCCCACCCUCACCCCUCCUCCACCCUGGGAGCAAGGCCCCUCCCUGGAGGAAGCCUGGGGCUCUGGUGACUACCUAGAGACUCUAUCCUUCAUGGUGCCCGACGGCGAGGAGCUGGCGCUGGCCACGCCGCUGCCCAGCCACCCCUACGAUGAUGAUGACGACGGGGACUGGGUCUCCUACGACACCGCCUUCCCAGCCCGUCCAACCCUCCCCCUCUCCACUCGCCUCCCCCUCUCACCCUCAUCCUCCACCCCCAGCAUCCCACUGCACACUCGCCCCACCCAUCUGGACGUCUUCCCCACCUGGGACGAAGACUACGACCUGGAGGACAUGAUUCCUCUUGAGCCAACGGAGCUGCUGCUACCAGACAUGAACAGUCUGGAGUACUACACCAACCUGCUGGCCCGGGAGAGGGAGAGGGAGAGGGAGAGGGAGAGGGAGAAGGAGAGGGAGAAGGAGAAGGAGAAGGAGAAGGAGAAAGAAAGAGAGAGAGACAGGGAGAGAGACCAGGACCAAGUCAAGCAGACCGACUUCAAACCCCCCAUUGCUCCUACAACAACACAAACUCCCCUUUCACCUCCAUCUCCAUCCCCAAGCUCUGGCCCUCUUUCAGGACAGGAGCCCAGGCGUCCUCUGGUGGGGCCAACCCCUCCCCUCACCCUCUCACCUACCCUCACAGGUGAGAAGAAACCACCUGUUGCAUCAACCACCCUCAAAACCCCCUCCACCCCUCUUCCUCCUGCUCCCAAACCCAAAGAUAAAUUCCCAGUCCUGGGCAGACACCCUCCUCGCCCCCCAUCCAACACCACUGGCCGGGUGCCUCCCCCUCCCCCGCUGGGACCACCCACCCGCCCCGACAGACCGGAGAGGCCUCCAGUGGUCACAGAGAAGCCGGCGAAGGCUCCACCCACCAGGACCACCACCACCACCACCACCACCAAGGCAACCACCACCACCAUCACCACCACCACCCAGAUCACAGCCAUCAGCCUGACCAGAGCCCCUCCUGUCACCACACCAAGAGUGGCCCAGACCCCCCCUGCCAGACAGUACCUGUGUAACGUCACCAAACCAGAGAUGUACCUGGUCAGAGUAGUCAGCACCAAGGGUUCAUCGGCUGGUUUCAGUCAGGUCAGAGAUCUUCUGAAGAGACAGUUCAACCGCUCAGUGGAGCUCCAGUUCCUGAGAACGCCAUCCAGCUUUGCCUUUCGUGUCGUAUCAGGACCGCUGAUCUUUACUGCCAUGUCCGUCAUCAACGCCCUCCGCCAACCGCCGCGCUCCUUCGGCCCGGUUCCCACCGUGUCACCGCUCUACACCGUGCCCGAUCUCAGGUAUCAGAUCCACUCCGUGCUGCAGUUUGUCCCCGCCCACAUCGACGUCCAAGUCUGUAACUUCAGCGAACGAGUGGAGAGAGGGCUGACGAUGGCAUACGCCGAGACGCAGAGACGGUCACACGAGGCGGGAAACGUCACCGUACAGCUGUUGAACAUCACCAUGGGCACGUCCCGGCCGACGGCCGAGCAGAAGGUUCCCGUCGACAUCACGUUUGCGGUGCGCGAUGGGCGGGGCUACCUGCCGGGGUCAGAGGUCAGCAAACACCUGAGGAAGCUCAGCCUGGUCGAGUUCAGCUUCUACGUCGGGUUUCCUGCCCUGCAGAUCGCAGAACCCUUCCACUACCCUGAGCUGAACACGUCUCACCACUUGCGCUCCACCUGGGUCCGUACAGUCCUGCUGGGAGUUCAGGAGCAGCUGGUGGCUGAGAGAAGUUUUAAAGCUCGUCUGGAGAGACGUCUGGCUCUGCUGCUGGAGGAGGGACUGCAGGAGUCCAGCAGGAGGCGCUGGAGGAGAGCUACAGCUGUGGGCAACAACAGUCUACAGGUGGUGCGGGUGGCGAGGGUGUCGGGGGCGGAGCGCCCCCUGGAGGUCCUGUAUUUUGUGGAGGGUGUAAGCGGUGAGCGGAUCCCGGCUGAGACAACCGCGGCAACCUUGAACCGUCUGGACCUUCAGAGAGCCGCCAUCGUCCUCGGACACCGAGUCAAGAGACCGCUGGCCCAACCUGUGGAGACUCCGUCUGUCCCUCCGGCGGAGAGUCAGAGCAUCUGGCUGAUCGUCGGCGUGGUCGUCCCCGUCCUGCUGGCUGUCUUCAUCAUCAUCAUCCUCUACUGGAAACUGUGCGGCUCGGAGAAACUCGAGUUCCAGCCAGACGCCAUCAACACCAUCCAGCAGAGGCAGAAGCUUCAGGCUCCCAGUGUGAAAGGCUUCGACUUUGCAAAGCUCCACCUCGGUCAGCACAGUAAAGACGACAUCAUGGUGAUCCAGGAGCCCGGGCCGCUGCCUGUCCCCGUCAAAGAAGCCACGCCCUCUGACGGCGGAGACCUCAACACCCCCAAAUCUAAAGGAUCGUCCACCAAGGCAGGCCGGUCCAGCCGCCGCAGGGGAAGGCUCAGCCCAUCAGACGGCGACUCGUUAGGCAGCGACCAAUCCAGCGGAAGAGAGUCAGCAGAGGAGAGCACCCGACCUGCGGCCACACCCAGUGAGGGGAAACAGCACAGGAAGACGCCCAAAAAUGGGAGGAGCAAGAUGGCAGCUCCAUCAGGCAGCGGGCCAGAUGAGCUUCUCUCCUCAUCCUCCAUCUUUGAUCAUGUGGACCGUCUGUCUCGCGGCUCAUCUGACGGCACUCGUCGGCAGGCCAACAAGGUGCAGCUCAUCGCCAUGCAGCCACGACCAAGUCCUCCGCCGCCACAUGCCCUGUCACAACCAAGCCCCACGCUCACAGAGAAGGUCAACACGGAGGUGGCGCUGAGACAUAAGUCAGAGAUCGAACACCACAGGAACAAACUUCGGCAGCGUGCUAAGAGGCGAGGUCAGUGUGAAUUUCCCUCCAUGGACGACAUUAUGGACGCCUUCGGAGAUGGGCCAGUGCAGAGCGAGGUAGCACAGCGCCUCUACAGCUCCGCCCAUGACCACAUGGACUGCAUCCUACAGGCCGAUGCUCCCUCACCCCCUACUCCCAGCGACUCCAGGAAGAGGGGGAGGCGCUCUCCUCGGGGUCGACAUGCUCAGCCGGGACCUGGAAGUCUUCCUGAUACAGACAGAGACAGGUUGCUCACCGAUCAGAGUGCCACCUACAGGAAAUACCCAGGACUCAACAACGUGGCCUACAUGUCGGACCCUGACCUGCCCCCAGAUCACGGCAGUCCAUCCCCUACUGACGAGGUGUUUGACUCAGCCCCAGCCCCACCCCCCUACAUGCCCCCCCAGCCAUCCAUCGAGGAGGCCCGGCAACAGAUGCACUCUCUACUGGACGACGCCUUUGCUCUGGUGUCACCGUCCUCGCAGGGCAGCGCCGGGUUGAGCGGGAGGUACGCAGAGCUAGGAAUGUCUCCUACAUCAGUCCAGGGUCUGCUGCAGAGGCAGGGCCUGAGCUCAGGAGGGUAUGUUUCUACUGGAGAUCAGUUGCAGGAGUCGGUUUACUCCAACAGGGGGCAGUAUGAGGACCCACCCUCAUCCUCCAGGCCACGACCUGUAGGGGGCAGCACAGGUGCACAGCUCCACCACUUGACGCAGGUGGGUUUGUCCAGUCAGAUCGGUGCUUACCCUGGGGUGGGUCGCAGCAUGUCUGGCCCCACUGGCUCAAGUUGGAACCAGCAGCACUCAGACCAGGACCUAUCCAGACCAGGAGCCAGCAGAGAGAGUGUGCUGUCGUUCCCUGAGUUCUCCUCCUCCUCUGUUUUCCAGAUGCCCAGUUCCUCGUUGCGGGACCCGUCGGCACCACCUCUCCUCCUGACCUCAGCGACUCCAGAAUACCCACCAGAGGAUGCCUCACCCUCCGCACACACCUCUGCCUCGCUUAUCAAGGCUAUCAGGGAGGAGCUGCGUCGUUUGGCCCAGAAACAGGCUGCAGUGACCAGCUACCCUUAGACUGAUCUGGACCGGUUUGGAUCAGGACUCAACUGGUUUCAACCGUUAUUGUUUUAAACCACUCAGAGCCUGUUAGGACUGGAUUAAAAUCCUAAAAUGAAAUGAUCCACACUCUGAACUCUCUUGAACUAAUCUACGUCUGUGUCGCUAAGGCCACAAUAACUCUGGACCACGAUCCAAGUCUCCUGUCUCCUGAAUGAAAGACCUCCGGUACUUUACAGGGUCCCGUCUGCCCAUCAGUCUGUUUGUCAUUCUUCAGCUCAGUGUUUCAUCAGACGGGAGCUGGACUCUUCAUGUUUCCACUGAAGUGCUUCCUGGACUGGAUUGUCCCUCCUAGAGUUUUAGAUUGGAUCAUGCUUUCUGAAUUUGUGGAGAGGAUGGUCCCUCCUGAACUUCUGGUGUCAAUCAUCCCUGCUGGAGUUCUGGAACAGAUUUUACUUCCUGGAGUUCUGGAGUGGAUGGUCCAUCUUGACCUUCUGGAGUGGAUCACCCUUCCAGACCUUCUGCAGUGGAGGUUCACUCCUAAUAUUAUGGAGUGGGAGGUGCCUCCUGACCUUAUGGAGUGGAAUGUUCUGUCUGAACUUCUGGAUUGGGCUGAUCCCUCCUAACAGUCUGGAAUGAAUGGUCCCCUAUUAAUCUCUAGAGUUGGUGUUCCCCCAUGAACUUCAGGAGCAGAUGGUCCUUUCUGAUCCUCUGGAGUGGAUGGUCCUACCAUAUCUCCUAAAGUGGAUGGUCUAUCCUAACCUUCUGCAGUGGAUGGUCCUCUCUGAUCCUCUGGAGUGGAUUGUUCUUCCUAGAGUUCUUGAGUGGCAAUUCAUUCCUGAACUUCUGGAGGGUAUCGCUUUUUUCAAACUUCUGGACCAGCUUGUUCCUACUGAACCUCUGGAAUGGAUAGUCCUUCCUUACGUUAUGGAACGGAUUGUCCUUCCUGGAGUUGAUGAUCCACCCUAAUCUUCUAGUGUGGAUCAUUCCAUCUGAACAUCUGAAAAGAUUGUCCCUCCAGGAUUUCUGAUUUGGAUAGUCCCUUCUGACCUUAUGGAGUGGAUAGUCCUUUCUGGGAUACUGGAGUCGAUCAUCCUUCCUGGAGUUCUGGAGUAGAUUGUCCCUCUGGACCUUCUGUGGUGCUAACCGUCAGUCUCAUACCAUCUCCUCAUUGACCACGUAUUGCCUUCCACACUCCCAUCAGCCAUUGAGAUUAGGUCUCUGUUCGUAAACCAUAAUCGAUGAGGUCUUUGCACUGUUGACAGCAGGAGGUGGCAUACAGUUCCUACAGCAAAGGAACGCAAAAUGGGAAAAAAAAGUAUACAUGAAUAUAUAUAAGAAUUAAUAUAAAUACAUGUAAAGAGAUAGAAUCCCAAUGAGCACAAUAUUAAUGUAAGAGUUAUUAUUAGAGUAUUGAGAUGUUACUUAUUUUUU